AUGGCAGCAGAAGUUCCUACAUUUAAGUUGGUUUUGGUUGGUGAUGGUGGUACUGGUAAGACUACAUUUGUUAAGAGACAUUUAACAGGUGAGUUUGAAAAGAAGUACAUUGCUACUAUUGGUGUUGAGGUUCAUCCAUUGGCGUUCUACACAAACUUUGGGGAGAUUAAGUUUGAUGUUUGGGACACUGCGGGGCAAGAAAAAUUUGGUGGUUUGAGAGACGGGUAUUACAUCAAUGCGCAAUGUGGGAUUAUUAUGUUUGAUGUUACUUCUAGGAUUACUUAUAAGAACGUGCCUAAUUGGCAUAGGGAUUUGGUGCGUGUUUGUGAGAAUAUUCCUAUUGUUUUGUGUGGGAAUAAGGUUGAUGUUAAGGAGAGAAAGGUUAAGGCCAAGACGAUUACGUUCCACAGAAAGAAAAACUUGCAGUACUAUGAUAUUUCUGCCAAGUCUAACUACAAUUUCGAGAAGCCUUUCUUGUGGUUGGCUAGAAAGUUGGCGGGUAAUCCACAGUUAGACUUUGUUGCUUCUCCAGCUCUAGCUCCUCCAGAGGUCCAAGUCGAUGAGCAGUUGAUGCAGCAGUACCAACAGGAAAUGGAGCGUGCUACUGCUUUGCCGUUGCCUGACGAGGAUGAUGCUGAUUUGUGA